GAUUUCUCCGCCGUCAGUGUUUCAUGAAGACACGGUAGGAUUUGAUGUUGGACGAUUAAUCCCGGUUUGUGUGGAAAUAGAGACCUGGCUCCAUUGGGAGAGAAUCGGAUCAAACAAUGAAGCGGCGAGUGCUACUGACGUUUUUCUCGCUCUUUCUCAUCAACUCCGCGAUCGGACAAAUAAGCUACUCUAUUCCUGAGGAAAUGCCAAAGGGGUCCCUGGUGGGAAAUAUCGCACAUGACUUAGGUUUGAAUACGAAACGUUUUGUAUCAGGGAAAGCAAAGAUUCAUACCAGGAACAGUUUGGAGUACGUGGAGCUGAACAGAGAAAGAGGAUUGCUCCUCGUGAAGGAAAAAAUCGACAGAGAGGCGCUGUGCACGGAGGUUACGGUCUGUAGUCUGGACUUUCAGAUUAUCUUGGAGAAUCCUAUUGAAUUUUACACCGUCACUGUCCAGAUUACGGAUAUUAAUGAUAAUGCUCCGACGUUUGAAAAAAGCGAGAAGCAUUUUAAAAUAAGUGAAUCAGCAUCACCAGGAGUAAAAUUCGUGUUAGAAAGGGCGGUGGAUCAUGAUGUUGGAAUCAAUGGAGUUCAAAAAUACGAUUUAAAACCAAGCCAUAAUUUUGCUUUGAAGCUGCACAAUAAUCCACGUGAUAACAAAAAUGUGGAGAUGGUGUUACAGAAGCCUUUAGACAGAGAGACAGAGGCGGAGAUAAAUCUAAUACUGACCGCUGUAGAUGGAGGAGACCCACAGAUGUCGGGAACGAUGCUGAUCAUAAUAACAGUUUUAGACGCAAAUGAUAACGCCCCACGUUUUACACAGCAAGAGUACAAGGCAGCACUUCAUGAAAACUCACCCAUAGGCACUGUUGUUGCUUCUGUUGCAGCGUCAGAUGCAGAUCAAGGCUCUUACGGAAAAAUAACAUAUUCAAUCACGAGUACGCAGGCAAAUGUCAGAAAAAUAUUUCAGAUUAAUGAGCAAAACGGAGAAGUGUCUCUAAUUGGAAAUAUUGACUUUGAAAAAAACAAAUUAUUUGAAAUUAUUAUAAGAGCUUCAGAUGAUGGAGGACUUACUGAUUCCUGUAAGCUAAUUGUUGAAGUGGAAGAUAUAAACGACAAUAAGCCUGAAAUUAGUAUUAUGUCAAAAUCAAAUGUUAUAUCAGAGGAUGCUGGAGUUAACACUGUUGUAACAGUGAUAAAUAUAGAAGACAUUGACUCUGGAGAAAAUGGGAAAGUGAAAUGCUUUAUCACUGAAAAUAUGCCAUUUGUUCUGAAAAUGUCAACAAAUAAUUUUACAGUUUAGUGACAGACAUCAAAUUAGAUAGAGAAACAUAUUCUGAGUAUAAUAUCACAGUAAUUUGCUCUGAUGAAGGAGUUCCUUCACUCUCUAG